AUGAUCAAAUGUUUGGUGGAAGAUGUGCGAGCCAGGCUGCGUUCUGGGGUGACUAUCAACUCACUGGGGCAGUGUGUUGAGGAGCUUGUCCUCAACAGCAUCGAUGCCAAAGCAACGUGUGUAGCUGUCAGGGUGGAUUUGGAAGCUUUUAAGAUCCAAGUGGUGGACAAUGGCUCUGGGAUGGGGAGAGAGGACUUAAAUGCAAUGGGAAAGCGGUACUUCACCAGCAAGUGCGGCUCAGUGGGAGACCUGGAGAACCUGAGGUUCUACGGCUUUAGAGGGGAGGCUGUGGCAAGCAUAGCCAACAUGGCCAGCGUAGUAGAAGUUUCGUCUAAGACCAGCAGGACAGCAAAAACGUUUGUGAAACUGUUUCACAACGGGCAAGCGCUGGAAGUCUGCGAAGCUGAACAGAGCAGACCAAGUGCUGGAACUACAGUGACCGUGUGCAAUCUGUUUCAUCAGUUACCAGUGAGGAGAAAGUGUAUGGAUCCUGUGCUGGAAUUUGAGAGAGUGAGGCAGAAGGUGGAGGCUAUUUCACUGAUGCAUCCCUCUGUUUCACUUUCUUUAAGGAACGACGCUUCUUGUUCUAUGGUGCUUCAGCUCCCCAAGACAAGAGAUGUACAUUCUCGGUUUUGUCAAAUUUAUGGACUGGGCAGAUCACAGAAGUUACGAGAAAUAAAUCAUAAGUCUGGAGGAUUCGAGCUACAUGGUUAUAUCAGUAUCGAAGGACAUUACAACAAGACUAUGCAGUUCUUGUAUGUGAAUAGAAGGCUUGUUUUAAAGACAAGAAUACAUAAACUAAUUGAUUUCUUAUUAAGAAAAGAAAGUGUCAUUUGCAAGGCAAAAAGUGGCCCUGUGAGCCGGCAGGCGAGUUCGAGUCCUGGUCGCCAUCGUUGUGGCCCAGAGUUCUACGGGAUCUUUGUUGUCAAUGUGACCUGUGCGUACAGCGACUAUGACAUGUGUCUGGAACCUGCAAAAUCUCUAAUUGAGUUCCAGAACUGGGAUGUUCUUCUAACCUGCGUAGAGGAAGGAGUGAAAAAAUUUUUGAAAAGAGAACAUUUAUUUAUUGAACCGUGUAGCGAGGACAUCAGAGAAUUUAACAAAGAUAAUGACUUUUGUUUGUGUAGCGCUCCAGUCCUGAAGCCCUCACCCUCUGACAAGAAGGGCAUUCAAGACAGUUUUAAGAAAGCAUGUGAUGAAAUUCUGGAUUCCUAUGAAAUGUGUAACUUGCAAUCAAAAGAUGUCAAAAGGAAAUCUAUUACUGGAAAAAAAUCUUUGAAUCUUACAGAGUCAAAUAAAAAUCUACAGGAAACUGAAAUUGCCCCAGAUCAGAAGAUUGCUGAACGGUCUGAUCCAUGUAGGAACAACAAAGUGGAGAUUCCACAGCCCAGCAAAGAUGGCACAGCUUCUGAUUUCAUUAUAGCAGAUAGCUCAGAGCAGGAGCCAGAAAUCACCAACAGUUCCCAAAAAGCAUCCGAACCUCAUCUGGAACCUUCAGAAAAUCUUCGUUCCUCUUUUACUGGCGGGGCCAGAUCGGAAUCAAGAAAAACAGACAGUUGUGGUGACCUGCAGCGUUGUGCGGGGAGUUACACAAACGGUAUGGGAAGCCAGCCAGGCACAGUGCAGAAAAGCAGUACCAUCCAUACCUUAAAUAACGACGUUCAUCAGUCGCCGUCUGAGAGGGAAGAUCCUACGGAAACACCAGUGGGGCUGGAAACCGCCUCUGGGAGUUCAUUGAUGAGACUGUGUAAUGCAACAAGAGGAGGCAGGGAAAUGGCUGAAGCGAUAGAUGGUGCUGGAAGAGGGGCUGUCUGUUCAGUACCAUUAAAAUUGUGCUCUAUGGGCCUCAUAACACCUGUUACGCAAAAUGAGACCCCAUACAAAAGUGAUCAGAAAUUAAACAUGCCGUGUAGACCUGGCCCUGUCAGUGCCGAGGGUGUUUUUGGCCGCAAAGUGAAUUUUCCGAGUCAGUUUUUAAAUGCUAAGGAUGUCUCCAGUAACACAAACAAAGAACAUACACCUUACACCAGAGAAGUAUGCAUGGCUGAUAGUAAUGGGUGGUUAGAGAACAAAACUUUGUCAAACCAGGUGAGUGAGGAGAGAGCUACGCCUGUUACCACCAGUGAAAGGCAUUAUGAGAUAGCAGGUGCUGCAGAAUUGCCGCUGGCAACUUCUUCUCACAAUAAAGUUAUCAAAAGCACUAGCAGACAAAUAGCUGUACCAAGAUCUCGGCCCUCUAAAAAGCUGAGCUUGGCCACGCAGCUGGGUUCAUUGGAAAAAUUCAGGCGAUGCUAUGGGAGAGUCAAGUGUACACUGCCAACACCAGUGUCGGAGCGGAGUGCAUUUGGUCUCCCAGUUUUUAAGUCACAAGCUAACUGUGACUUUUCAAAGAAUGACAAUGACAAUCAGAGUAACUUGAGCACUCGUGAAACUCCAGCUUUGGAAGGUACAGAUUCUAAUGAUAGUAGCCCAGUUUUUGGUUCUUUGGAAGAGACUUUAUUCUGCAGUGGAGAAGCUUCACAGGACAAACAAGUCCUUUGCCAGAGUCCUUUGACGUUGUCUGAUUAUUCUGAGGUUAGUAAAAAAAAUCUGAGUUGUAAAAGAUCUCCAGGGUCGUUAUCAUCCAAACUGUCCCGAAUGAAAAGUGACCGCAAGGAAGUAGAACAACUUGGUGAACAAUUCCAAACAGAUUCAGGUAGAAAAGAUGAGUACUCUUUUGAUCUUGAAUCUUCAAAUAGUAGUCAUUUGUAUAAUGCUUGUCAGACAGACAAAUCCUCAGUGGAAAACACGAGGGAAGGUAAUUACAGUAUUUCUAAGGGGGAUGGAUGCUUUCAAACAGACAGGACGAGAGCAGAGUCCAUGAAAAGUACUUUCAGCCCAUCAGCCCUCGACAGCGUGGAAGGGGAGUACAGUGUCUCUUCAGGCAAUGUUGUAUCAUUACCUGCUAUGGAGGAUUGUGCUAACAUCAUCUGUCAAGAGAAAAGUACAUUAGAUGAAUCCUCACAACAAAAUGUGAAAGACACUGAUGUUCCCCAUGUGACCUUCCCAAGUAACUUGGAAUUCUCUGCAGACAACACAAGCGCAGGCGACCUCAGGAAUGAUUCAUGGUGUUCUGAUUGGCUGCAAAAUUUUGAUGUUUCCUUGGGUAAGACAAUAUACAUCAAUAAAGCAACUGGGCUGAGCACCUACAGCACUCCUGCUGCUGAAGGGUUUCAAGCUGCCUGCGUUCAAGAUAUAACAACGAUGGCCGUGAACGUUGUUUCAGAGAACGGGUUUCAGUUCAGGUGCCAUCCCUUUAGAAGUGAGAUUGUGCUACCCUUCCUACCUAGACCUCGGAAAGAGAAGACUCUAGCAAGCCAGCAUCUGAGAGAUGCUGAAGGAGAGUCUCUCCAGUUGUUGCUUUCAGAAUGGGAUAACCCUGUUUUUGUUCCCUGCCCAGCGAUCGCUGUUGACGUGACCAGCAGUCAGGCUGACAAUCUGGCUGUGAAAAUUCACAAUAUCUUGUAUCCUUAUCGCUUCACCAAAGACAUGGUUCAUUCAAUGCAGGUUCUUCAGCAAGUGGACAAUAAAUUUAUCGCUUGUUUAAUCAACACUAGGAAUGAAACGGAUAAAAAGGAAGACGGAAACCUCUUGAUUUUGGUGGACCAACAUGCAGCUCAUGAACGGAUCCGCUUGGAGCAGCUUAUAGCAGGUUCCUAUGAGAAGGAAGCUGCAGCAUGUGGCAAGAAGAAAUUACUGUCCUCCUCCAUCUCUCCCCCUUUGGAGAUUGAAGUUACAGAAGAACAAAGGAGAUUUCUACGGUUAGUAAUGCCCAAUAGCUCUAAAUUUUUAGGGAUGGCUCUGUUGACCAGGAAGAUCUCUCUAUAUAUUGCUAAGUUACUGUGA